AUGUUUCGUUUUUGCUUUUUUGUCAAGUUUUUGAGCACCUCGCAUGCUCACGUCCCUCCUCUGGGCGGUGCGUGGAUAAAGUCGAGCGUUAGCGUCUUCGGGGCGGAUCAGUUCGAAGAAGACGACCCGGCAGACGUGAAGGAGAAGCAGUCAUUCUUCAAUUGGUUUUACUGGAGCAUUAACCUCGGGGCCUUGGUGAGCUUCACUCUGGUGUCGUACGUGUGCCAAUACGGGCUGUCGUUUCUAGGGGGGCCGGACUGGGGAUUCAUGGCCGGAUACUCCAUUCCCUGCAUCGCCAUGUCCUUGGCGCUAGUGGUCUUCUUGGCGGGGACACCCAAGUACCGCCGGUUUCCACCCUCCGGUAGCGUCGUAAGCCGAGCCGCCGGGGUCGUGACCGAAGCCUGCCGCAAACGGUGCAACGCUUCGUGGGUUGGAGUUGCCGGCCAGGACGGAGUUGCGGGCGGCGAGUGGCAAACCGCGAGGAUACAGGCGGGCGGGGGCGGGGCGGGGGAAGAAACGCUGGAGUGGCUGCAGAGUGCGAGCGAGCGAUCGGGGGGCUCGUAUUCGCACGAUGAGGUGGUCGCCGUGUCGCGGGUGUGGAAACUGCUGCCCUUCUUGGCGCUGCAGGUGCCCUACUGGGCGGUCUACGCUCAGAUGGGAACGGCCUUCCAGAACCAGGGGUGCCAGAUGGACCUGUCCGUGCUCGGCUUUGACAUACCAGUGUCCACGCUUAACAUGUUCGACACUCUGGCCGUGUUGCUGCUCAUACCCGUCGUGGACGGGGUGGUGUACCCUUGGCUGCGACGGACGGGGUGCGAGCCUACCAUGCUCCGGAAGAUCGGCUCGGGCUUGCUGUUCGCGGGGGCGGCGGUGCUGGUGGCGGGAGCGGUGGAGGUCGUUCGGCGAAAUCACGUCGACCACGGGGAUGGGGCCGUCUUGUCCCCGUGCCGAAAGGCUCGGGACUACGACCCAGAGCAGUUCCAGGAGUAUUUCAACACGCGGAACCGAGCGUCGGCAACGGCGCACCGUCCGGCCUACUGCCACCAGGUUCCCGGCUGCACCGACAUCGGGCCGGACGACUUGCUGUUGCUGAGCUGCAUCGUCUGCGACUCCCCCCCGUUGGCGUCGACCAUGAGCGUGAUGUGGCAGGUACCUCAGUACCUCUUGAUCGGGACGUCGGAGAUUCUGUCGGCGGUAACGUCGUUAGAGUUCUUCUAUGCCGAGGCCCCCACCACCGUGCGAGGCGUGUCUGCCGGUCUUAACCUGCUCACCACCGCAUUGGGGAGCUGGGUCACGGUGCCGCUCUUGUCUCUGGUUAACUCCGGGGCCUUCGGGUCACCCUGGGUUACGGAUGAUCUGAACGACGGGCAUUUAGAGCUCUACUUCUGUCUUCUUGCGGGGCUCGUUGCAAUAAGCCAAGCGCUACCGCUACCAAAGCCUCACGGAAGACGGAACACCGGCACCCUCCGCAACGCCAACAGCGCAAGAGAGCGACGAAAGCGAUGGCGACGACGACUGUAGCACCAACGGUAACGGUGCAGGGGGCAGCGGAAGGGGUAUGCGAGGGUACGGGUGGGGGCGGGGGGGUAGAAAAGGAUCUUGGGAUGACAGCAGCAAGUUGUUGUCCGGUGGGGGGGUGGGGGGGCAUUCUGAGUCGGCAACUUUCGGGCGAAUUUGAGCCGUUUGUUGUUGUUGUUGUUGCCGCUCUACCCUUUCUUGUCGCACCCGUUUUGUGUACCUUUUCUUGUUGUCGGCCAUGAUGUGUCGAUCCCCGUCUCGUGGACGUUGAGUGGGUUUCCACGGUGUUUAUAACGGGACGGGUUUGUUGUGCGGAAUGUAUAUAUUAAUAGUAGUUAUGAAGACGGACUGCAAGGAAGGGGUGUCGGGCGUUCCGGGAUGGAUGUAUCUGGGGUGUUGGGGGCAGGAGGGCGACGCACCCUCCGAUGGUUUUAACCGUGGUUGAAAGUUAAUGAAGUGAUGGAUUAGCUUCUUCCACCAAACAAAUUGAUUUGCACGCUGCCGCCGCUGAUGAUGCUUUGUGUCAUCUGCGUGGGCCUGCACGUGCGGGGCGUUUUGAGUAGUUUCUCUGGUUGCCGGGUGUUCGCAGAAAGCGCUUUAGGCUUCGUCCUGGGCUGAGGUUUCAGUCGAUACUGGCGAUAAUCACAUGUUGUCAAAUACGCACGCAGGGAAGUUUUAACUACUUGUAUUGGAUCAUGAUGCUUGGGAAUGGGAUUGAACUUAUUU